ACACUGGGAGCGCUCCUUGUAAUGUUUGCGCUAAAUCCGAAGUAACUUGAAGCCCCGCGUGUUUCGAACUUCUCUCUGUAAAGAUGAUUAUCAAGGAAUAUCGUGUAAUUUUACCUAUGACAGUUGAGGAGUAUCGUGUUGGCCAGUUGUACUCAGUUGCCGAAAGUUCCAAAGGUGAAACUGGUGGCGGUGAUGGUGUGCAGAUUUUAGUGAAUGAACCGUUUGAUCAGCACACUUAUAAACCGGAUCGUCCUUUACUAAAAGGUGAUCCAAGGUUCACUACUGGACAAUACACACAUAAACAUUAUCAUCUUGCACAUAAAGUACCUGGAUUUGUGCGUAUGGUUGCCCCUGAAAGUGCACUUGUUUUCAAUGAGUAUGCAUGGAAUGCCUACCCGUACUGCAGGACCAUUAUUACAAACAAUUACAUGCAAGAGAAAUUUAAUGUUACAAUCGAAUCACUGCAUGUGGAUUCCGAUAUCAACAUGGAAAAUCCUCAUCAAUUAACUCCACAACAGUUAGCUGAGGUUGAAAUUAUCUACAUAGAUAUUGGUGACAUCAAUCCAUCAGAUAAAGAUUACAAUCCAAGCGAAGAUCCUACAACCUUUCAAUCUGCAAAAACUGGUCGUGGUCCCUUAGGACCUAAAUGGUGGGAGAAUGGUUAUGAAGGACCGAUUAUGUGCGCUUAUAAACUUGUUAUGUGUGAAUUUAAAAUGUGGGCAAUGCAAGGACGUGUAGAGAAGAUGAUUCAACGUCAAGAACGGCGAUUAUUUGCCAAUUUUCAUCGUCAAGUAUUCUGUUGGAUGGAUAAAUGGCACGGGUGGACAAUGGAUGAUGUAAGAAGACAUGAAGAACGUACUAAACAAGAAUUAGAAGAGCAACGUAAACGAGGCAGUCUACGUGGUCAUGUCACAGAGGAAUAAAUGCUCACUUGUUCGGUAGUAUUAUUUAUUUUUUCUUUCUCCGUCUGUCUGUCCCUCUCCCUGUCGGAUUGUUGCAUAAUGAUAGCAGCAGCUCCAGCAGUAAAACACAUCACAUCCAAGAGCGAUCAUCAUCAUCAUUCUCUCCCAGCUAUCUAUCUAUCAUCUAUC